AUGUCUGCUGCGGCCUCGGAGGCCGCCCCUUUGCGCUUCUCCGGAGAGAAUGAGGAUGGAAGAGAAUACAAGAGAUGGAAGACUUGGGUAAAGAACAAGCUCUUGACCCUGGACAAGUUACCUGAAACUGCUCGAGGAGCCUAUAUAUACACGUUGUUGGCUGGCAAGGCCUUGGAGGCUGUUGAACACCUGGAUCCUGGCGACUAUCAGAAGAAGGAUGGCGACCAGGUCCUGUGGUCGUUGCUGGACAAAAGGUUUCCUCAGCUGGAAGUGGUCGAUGAGCUUGGUGAAAUCCUGGGCGAGGUUUUCAAUCUUCGCUCCCAGGAGGGGGAAACGAUGAAACAAUGGGCUGCCAGAGCAUCGGAGCUGUUCGACCGAUGCCACAGGAAAACAGGAGUUCAGUUUCCUGACGAAGCCAGGGGCUGGCUUUUGUUGCACAGGGCCAACCUCAGCGAGGAGCAGAAGGCCGUGGUCAUUUCGCGUGCCCGUGGAGAUCUCAAACGGGAAUCCAUUGCAGCAGCUCUCCGAUCAUGCUACCCCGACCUUGUUGUUGGAAAACGGCGAACAGCCGUUGCAUUGGCAGAAGAGACCAUGGACGAUCCGACCGAGCCCCACGAUGCCUGGGAAGAAGAUUUUUCAGACGUGGAGCGCCUGCUGGAAGACCAUCAAUCGUCCGCUGAUUGGGCCGCUGACACGGAGGCCUACAAUGAAGCUGAGGCUGCUGGUGAGUGGACCCCUGACGAGGUCAUGCUGGUUUCCUCACCAGGAUUUGGUGUGUUGGAUUCGGGCUGUGGUAGGACAGUUGUUGGAGCUUCAACUUUACAGAGCUUUGAAAAGCUGUGGUCUCAGCGUGGCUGGACAGUGCCCUCCAAGAUUUCCGAGGUGCACCAGUUCAAGUUCGGAAAUGGUGAUGUGGAGACCUCCCACUAUUCCGUUCAGAUGCCCGUCAUCCUGGCUAAUCGCCGAGGGGUGAUCAGAGCUGCAGUGAUCAAAGGUGACGCUCCUCUUCUGGUGAGUCGCAGUGCCUUGAAGUCCCUUGGCGCCUCACUGGAUUUUCAGAAGGACUGUCUCAAUGUUUUUGGUCAAUCUGUUCCACUCAAGACAAAUGGAGCAGGACAGUAUGUGGUUGAUUUGCUUUCCCCCAAAGACACUCUAGCAGCUGAUUUCACGGAAGUCAUGACCCUUGAGCCUCAUCCUCAUCCAGCGAACCGGUCGCCGGAAGCGCCCGAAGCAGACACACCCUUGACUCUCGAGCCAUCUGCAUCGCCUGCGGCGGAUGAGAAGUAUGGUCUUCAAUUGCCUGAGAGUGACCGGUACAUCCGUAAGAGCACCCGUUUGUUGGUCUCUCAUGAAGACAUGUCCAGCCUGGGUCUCACGUGUGACCAGACUGGAACGCAUCAGUGUCAUGAUGUGAUCGCCGGAAGUGCACCUGGUGUUCCUCGUAUCAGUACAUUUGCUGGUGCCUACCCCGUGAAAUUUGUUCAAGCGGUGUUGAAUACGAUACCUCAGUUUCAGCUAGAUCGAUCCAAGGCCACCUCGUCAUGUGAAUGCAUCGCUCAUGUAGAAGUCAUCAAUGAAGAAGUCCCCGAUGCGUCAUGGACAGAGAUCCUAGCCGCUGGACAGGAGCUCUUGACUAAGGUGAAGGAAGAAGGUUCGGUCCAUCUGUUGCUGAACGCUUUGAUGGAGCACGAAACCAGUGAAUUUGAGUUUGUGCCCUCUGCUGGAUACAGCCUGGACAGUGGUGCCAUGAAUGACUCGUCCAAGCGUCGCCUGACCGCUGACUCGAGUCAGGCCCCACAUGUGCAUUCCCAGAGGCCGAUCGUGAAGAUGAGCUCCCAGGACCAGGGAUCGAUUCCUCUCCCCAAGGGCAUCACCUCGAUGGACCAUUGGGGUAAGACCUUGAUCACUUCAGGAAAGCUGUCUAAGCAGAACCUCAGCUAUGAAGACCUUGCAAGUUCACCUGAGACGGAUUUGGUGAACUACAGUCGAUGGCUCAUGGCGCAGAAAGACCGCACCAACAUGUCGCCACCCAUCAAGGACCUCAUUGCCUACUUGCUGGCUUACACGGAGUUGGCUGAGGGGUCGACUGAACGAUUCCCAGACAGCACGAUCCCACGGAAGUUCAAGAGUUGA